GAGCCGACGGGGCGGGGCGCGCGAGCGGCGCGUCGGUGACGUCACGACCAGCUUCUCCGCCAUCUUGGUUGUGGCUCGAGCGGCGGCACCGUCGGCGGGCGGAGGAGGCGCGGCGGGCCAGAUGCUGCGCCUCGGCGGGCGUGGGCUCCUGCUGGGUGUGGCCGUGGCCGCCGCGGCGGUGCUGGCGGCGCGCCUGCUGGGCUCGUGGCGUCCACGCGCUGACGUUCGCCUGUUCGUACCCACGGAGCUGGCCCGCUACCGCGGCGGCCCCAAGGACCCGGGGCUCUACUUGGCCGUGCUCGGCCGCGUCUACGACGUGUCCUCGGGGCGGCGGAACUACGAGCCUGGGGCCCACUAUAGCGGCUUCGCAGGCCGAGAUGCAUCCAGAGCAUUCGUGACUGGGGACUACUCUGAAACAGGCCUCGUGGAUGAUGUUUCUGACCUGUCACUUUCUGAAAUGCUGACACUUCAAAAUUGGCUUUCAUUUUAUGAGAAGAAAUAUGAGUUUGUUGGAAGGGUGAUAGGAAGAUACUAUGGCGAGGAUGGGCUCCCUACCUCAGAACUGAUGAAGGUAGAAGCCAUGAUCAGCAGAGGCCAAGACGCCAAUAAACAGCAACAGAGAGAAAGGCAGACAUUUCCGCCCUGCAAUAGUGAGUGGAGCUCAGCCAAGGGCAGUCGAUUCUGGUGCUCCCCAGAAAGUGGAGGUGUGAAAAGAGACUGGACCGGCGUCCCCAGGAAGAUGUACAAGCCAGGCUUCACAGAGUCCCACUGUGUGUGUGUGAGAACGCACGGGCCCCCUACCGACUGGGAUCCAAACAACCCUAAACAUAGUAAUCGUGGCGACUUGGACCACCCCAACUUGAGGGAAUACACCGGCUGCCCACCUAGGGCUGAUACAUGCUUCUUACCGCUCUGAGCUGGUGCUCUGUGAGCCGAUAACGCAGAGAACCCUACCUAGAAUCCUAAACGGCCCUUGAAUCGAUACUGCACUGGCUUCUGACAUGAAACAAGGUGGUCCAGAAAGAUUCUGACCAUACUCUGCAAAUAUGACUUCAGUCUCCUACCCUUCUGGUGACAGGCCAGAACUUGGCAGUCUCCUGGUCAGCAGUUUUUGUCACUCCCCUAGAUCCUCCUGCUGUUCAUCUCCAGAGGCCUCAGAUAUCAAUGGGUACAAAUAUGACUAACUCAAAACUACCUGACCCAAACAAGCAGAAGCUCUGUUUCCUUCCCAUGGACGUCAGCCUGCCCAGACAGCUAAUGCCCGGGUCCUGCCUGUAACUCCAAGGCCCGCCCAGGCACCAAGGGUAUUGGCAGAAAAGGGGUUCUCUCUUCCUUACAACUCAAACAGGCAGAAAUAGCUUAAAAAGCA